AUGACACUAAUUGUCAUUCUAAUCAAAGUGAAAUGUCAAGAGCUGUUGAUUACCUAUUUUAAAUCAGUUGAUAGACAGGAAGCUCUAGAUGGAUUAAUAGGAUUAUCAUAUGGAUGGAUUAAACCAGGAACAGACCAAUCAUUAAAUCAACAUGUUGAAUUUGUUACUGAAGAAAAUGGCAGUGUUAAACUGAUUACUUCUAACAAUAUUCAGGAUGACCAUUGGAAUGAAGAUUCUAAUAAUAGAAUAGAGUGUCUGAAGAAUUUGUUAAAAAGUUUACAAUCAGAUGGUUUGGCUGGAGAUUUCUUUGUAUUUCUUCUCAAGAAAUUAACUGAUAUUAUUCGGCAAGAGACUGGAAGUGUAACUGUCAAUCAAAAUGAAGAGCAGGUGAAAGAGGAGGAGCUGUUGAUAGAAAUUGAAAAGAAGACAUUGGGAAAGUUAGAUUCCUUCAAUCAGAGACUUAUUAUAUUAAACCUAAUAGCUGUUUUAUCAGAGACUUUAGAUUCCUCUUGUUUUCAAUCUCAUCAGCAGAUACUGGAAUUUGUUAAGGCAACAUUAGAACGUGGUGUAGAAAUCUGUAAACAUACAGAAGAUGAUAUAUUUACAUUGUUUGAAAGUGAAACCAUGACGAUGGCUAUUGGAUUGUUAACAGCUUUAAUGUCAGAUUCUAAUCAGAAGUUUACAGAAGAAGAUAAAAGUAAAAUGGAAGAGUUAGUGCCCUUGUUGAAUGAACUAGCUGUCAACCAUCCAUCAGAUGAAAUCCAGGAAAUGGCUACAGAUAUAAAAAUAGCUAUAGCAACUAGAGGAAUUGUUAUUUCUGAAAUAUCAAAAUCUAAAAGAGAAAACAAAGUUCCUUCUGAUGAGGUCAAAGAAAAACUUAAAGAGACCAAACCAUUGAUAGAAGUUCUCUCUGAAACACCACCAAUGGCAUCAGGAUUAUCAGAAACUACAAGAUCAAACAUUAACAAUGUGACAAAGCCUGACUUGAUUUCAAAUAUUGACCAAAAAUCAGUGGAAAACAUUUUCAUUGAUUCUGAUUCCAAGCUUAAAGAAGUCUUUGAAGAACUGUGCCAUCCUGAAAUUCCAAUUCGAGGUCAUGCAUUGCUGACUCUAACUAAAUUGAUAGAAUCACAAGAUAAAGACAUUGUAAAGUAUCAAGAUACAGUGUUGAAUAUUCUAGAACAGAAUCUUGGUCAUGCUGAUACUUACUUAUACUUACCCUCAGUAAAUGGAAUGGUUGCCAUGGCUAAUAUCCUUCCUGAUAAAGUGGUGCCAAGACUGGCAACAGAAUUUUCCAAAAUUACAGGACAAAAGACAUCUUUACAAAGUGAACAUAAAAUAAAAGUAGGGGAGGCUUUAGUGAAAACAUCCAGAGUUUUAGGUGAUAUGUUGCCUAAAUAUAAGAAUAUACUACUUCCGGCUGUUCUAUGUGGUGUCAAAGAUACAGAUCCAUUGAUACGGGCCAGUAGUUUAUCAAACCUAACAGAAUUAUCACAAUUAUUACACUUCUCUAUUGGUUCUCAUAUUCAUGAAAUUAUAUCAUGCUGUGGAAGUAUAUUAAAAUCUGAUGUAAAUGAUGAAGCCAGGAAAGCUGCAGCUUUAGUUUUUACUCAUUUAUUACAAGGUACUGGUAGAGACAGUUUUCAGAUAUUAGGUACAGCAUUAAAAGAUUUAUAUCGGCUAUUAAAGUCUGUGUAUAUAACAGAAUCUAAUGAUAUAGUUAAAACACAUAUUACACUAGCUCUAAAUGAACUAGAUCAAAUAAUGAAGGAAUUUUUAUUUCCUAAACAGACUUUAACCAAGAAAAUACAAGUUUUGAGCGCAGAUUAA